ACACCACCAGGCCAGCCCCUGAAUAUAGAUUUUUAAAACGGGUACAAUAAAAUUUUUAAAUUUUACUUAAAAUAUCACUGAUAAUUAUUUUCGGUAGUCAUAUUGUUUUUAUUUUUCUUUUGAAAGCAAAUAGAAUACUAAUACUUGACAACUCCACAUUUAAGAGUUGGCAGUAUUGCACCUUGUAUUUAAAAUGAAGUCUGACUUUUCAGUUGUUGUAACAUAUAGUGAAUGGUGGGUUUUGAGUGGUCUCGAAUAUAUGUCAAGUGAUGGUUCCCACUUCUUUCUGUUAAUAGUGUUUCCUACCAGUAAAAUUAGCCAGUUAAAAACACUGAAUAUAUUCAGAGAAUUACAUAAUAGGUUAAUAGGAUCUAUGUUUACUGUAUAGCCCACAUUCUGAUUGGUUGGUUGGUUGUUGUAAAAUGAUGACAGCAAAUAUCUGCCUCACUUAUCUUGUAGAAAUGUUAUGAGGACAAUUUUUAUAGUAUCUGAAGGGAUAUUUUGAGUCCAUCAGAAGGAAGACACUGUAAAAAUGUAAUGAGGUAAUACAUAUUCUCAUUAUCAUUUUAGAAUUUAAGGCUAUCAUUUAUCUUAAAACUGUUAAUGAUUAUCUUAAUCCUAUAGGAGUGAAAAAGCAUUUGCAGAAAUAUUCUCCCUUCCAUUUUCCUGUCCCUAAUUCUAGUUUUAAAUAACAAAUGACUUAAUUAUUCAUGUUUUCCUAUGUUCUCUGUGAUAUUGAUAAGGGUCCCAAAAUAUUACACAGAAACCAGGUCACAGGAAGAUAGAAAAUAUAAUGAAGAAAACAAAAGGAAAACCAGUAGUUGAAAGAAAAAUGUUCAGUAGGACGUAGAAAUCUGGAAACAGUAAAGCUGAAAGCGACAUCGGGGUAGCAGUAAAGGUGAAAUUAGAAAUGAUCUUGUAUGGUGUGCUGCUCCCCCAAAAACAGCUAAUAGGAUUUUUGGCUCUGUACGAGGAGACAUUCCCCCAAGGUGAAAGGAAAGCACAAAAUGAAUGUUUGAAAACAGACAAGGUUACAGAGCAUUGACAUCUUCUGACAUCUUGCAAGUCUGAACACAGCCUGCUUGGUUGGCACGUAGCUGACAGGCUGCUCUUUGCCAGACUGGUUCUAACUGGGGCUAGGUUUGGGUAAGUGCUGCUGCUGAGGCUCCUGUACUUUCAGCCCUCCCAAAUGUGCUUCUUAUGCGCCACUCUGGGUGUGAGCAUUCAGUCUGCAUGCAUUCAUUCAGCAAGUGUUUACUGUGGACCAGAUAUCGCUCCAGGUGCCAGGGACAGAGUAAUGAAUUACAGCUGAUAAAGAUCCCACAUGGAGCUUACGUUCUAGUAAGGGUGACAGACAAGAUAAAUAAGGAAAGUGUAUGUAUGUUAGAUAAUGGUAAAUGGUAGGAGAAAUAUAAAGCAGGAGAGAAGACCUGAAGUAUGUGUAUUUGGAGGGGAGGAUUUGAAUUAUUAGAGAGGUGGCCAGAGAUGGCUUUGCUGAGAAGAUGUCAUUUCUAGGACAUUCCUUCUAGUCAGAAUUGCCGCCACCUCCCACUAAUAAAGACAGUAUUUGCCUGUCUGUCUUUAGAGAUCUUUUUCCUGGACUUUAGGGUACGUGCUCAGUUCUGAAAUGUGUGCCGUUAUUCCUUCCAGCAGUCUCUUGUUCUGGAUCCUUGAAAACCUGCCUUUCUCAUCAGACCCACUUUACCAGUCCUCUAAGGCUUAUGGUAACCACAAAGCAUAGUUACCAGCAAGUUAUUAAGAUUAUUCCACUCUUCCUGAAGCGACUCAGAGAGAAAAGUGUAACACGUGUACAGCCCUCUGGGGCUCACAGACAAGGCUGCUUAUGUCCGGAGGUGAAUGGACAGAGCCUCUCCUGGCUGACCUGAAGGGUGAGGGGAAAUCAGUCUUUUGACACACCUGUGGUCACUUUACACCAGACACACAGGAUGGAAAACUAUUCCACAGCUUCCUUUUCCCACCUACCAUUAAAGAAACACCUGAACCUAGAUUCACUCAGACUCUGAGGUACAGAUGUCUGAUCCUCUCAACGUGUUUCCUCCCAGAACUUUUAUCCAUCUCAUUUUUCCUCACCCUUGUCAUGGUUUGAGACAGGCUUUUCUCUAUUAUUUCGGCUCACCUAGAACACUUGAUGUAAAUCAGGGCACCUCAAAAUUAGAAAGAUAACAGCAUAAUUAUUGAAAAAAGAAGAAAGGAAAAAGAAAAAAAGAACCAUAGUAGUGGUCUUAGGAGUUAAGAAUUAAACUUGAAAACUUACUAUAUUUAGAUAAUUGUUUCUUGUUUCUGGAUUUAGAAGAAGGGAGCCAUUGAUAACCUGUACCUAGCUGUCAAGCCCCAUUUCUCCACCAGAACAGAAAUUGGAAAAUUAGCAAUUUCUAGGUGAAUUUGAAUUGUAGAAAACCUGCUAAUGUAACUUUAAUUUUUCUUUAUUUAAAUAGUCCAGAUUGACUGUUUACACUGACUUAACUUACUGAAUAUUUGCUAAAUAUUCACUUCACUUUAUUGCUGAAAAUAUGUCUUGAUGAAAUGACACUAGGGAGUUCUCUCUCUUCUUUGUUAAUGAAUAAUCGCUUCCUUCUAAAGAUAGCAAUGAAAAAUCAACAGUAAUUUCUUCUAGAGUGUGGUGUCAUUCAGAAUGUGUAGACAAGUUGAGUUGUCUAAUAUAUUUUUAGCCACAGCUCAAAUUACUUAAGUGAUUGAAAAUCUCUACUUUGCUUUGUAAACAGACCUUAAAAUUCAAGGCAUAUUAGAUAUAUGAUGCUGGACCACUUUUUGACUACACAUACUGCUCAAGAAUUGUGGCAUUCCUCUUUCCAUUCAAAGGAUAUAUAUUCUAAUCCUUUAAGUGAUGUUUUCAUUAACUAAAUAGCACUUUUCAGGCAGUUUUUGUUCAUUACUGUAGAAUUGGCCUUGUAGCUGUUAUUCAUCGGGUAGUUUCCCUAUUCGUUGUUCUGUGCUACCUUAUAAUUAUUAGUUAAUAUCAGGGGUGAGUAUUCUAAAAGUUGACCACCAUAAGUUCCUGUGUUUUCAGUGAAUCAUUCAUUAUAAUUAGCUGGAAUCAGGAACUCUGGGGAAAUAACUGAUUAGAGAAUCAUUUAAAAUAACCUAUCUAAAUCUGUGAUGUUUGUGUAGAUCACCAAUAUUUGCCCUGAUUAUGUGUACUUAGUCAGGUCCAAUAUUAUCUGUGAUUUUGACUCUCUCAGUUUUCCAGUAAUCACAGCGAAUGUAAGUAGUCUCACUCCAGAAAUCUCACUUUAAAAAAAAAUUAAAAAUAGCCACCAUGUUUUUUACAGCUUUCUGAACCAAUUUGUGAAAAAUCCUUCCAAGAAUUUGGCAGUAAAGGUGACAACUCUCCUUUUACUCAACUAACUCUUCCCUUUAAAGAUAAAAAAAUGUAAAACUAAUUAUUUUUGGAGUGCUUUUGGAUAAAUAACAAAAUAAUACGAACUUGCAUUUGUACUUGAAAAUUAUGAGUUAAUUUGGAAUAACUACUGUUGCUGUCCCCAUAGCAGUGUCUCAUAGCUCUUAAUGCUGUGUCCUAAUUAUUGGGAAAGUAAGUUGAGGACCAGUGAUAGCUGAGGCAGGAAUACCAUACAUUAAGUAUUGACCUCCCUUCCCACGACUGUCUGUGCCUCACUUGUCCUCUCUUUCUCUUUCCCUCUGUCAAGUCUGUCUGGGUCACUGUUCUUGAUGGCUCGCUCUGUCUGCAUAUUGCUCUCUGACUCUCUUUCUCAUCUGGUUUAGUCUCUAUGUUUGACUCUUUUCGUACAGUUUUUGCUUCCCUGUCUUCCUGGCUUCCAGUCUCCCUGACCUAGAGACUCAUUGUCCUGCAGCCUCUAGAAUCUCAUCUCCCCCAGCCCGAACCCUGCCUGCCCCUGUCUGACCUGUGUGGUUUGCCUGGGUCCACUGCCCUUCACUUCUCUUUGACUGCCUGAUAUGUGCCUCCCUCAAGCCACAAGGUCUCCGCUCUUGCCCACACAUUCCCAGUCUGCUCCCAUCUACACACCUUCCCUGCCUGCUCUGUCUGUCUUGUCACAAGACAUCAAGUUACCAGUGGUAAAUCUGUCUGCUGGCAAAAAUACCCCCAAAACAUUCAUCUUCAGAUAAACUGCAUUGCUUUCUAGAAGUGAUUCAGAGCAUCUAAAAUAAAUAUUCUUUGGUACUAAAAUGAAAAUUCCAAGUGAACAUUAGGCACCAUAGAUAGGCGAAAUAUUUUCUAUUUAUAAAAUCUCAAGAUGGUCUAAGUUGAUUAUCAGCACUCUAAAAGCAGGGGUUUAUUUUUUAAAGUUUUUGAACCAUCGUAUUCUUUAAACUAUUGUCCUUCUUUACAGGAAAAUAGUUUUAUUUGAUGACAAAUUUUGAGAAAUAAUUUGUGUGGUCAAUGACUUCAGUUUUUAAGUAUUAAAAUUAACUGAUAUAUGUUGUCUAUUUUUGAGAAUUGGUGCUAGUAUUUCUGCCUAUAUUGUCUGUUAAUAUGCCCUUAAACCAUAUGGGUCUCACCCCAAGUAUUCGAUAUGUUAUACCAGUAAAUAAAGCACUCAUAUGCCAGCUAGUUUACAGAUGUUUUGAAUAAUCUCAUGGCACAAUCCUUGACAGAAUUCAAUUGUAUUACAUAAUUUCUUAAUUUCUAAAAUACUAUAGAAGUUACCUGUUGAAAAUUUGGGCAAAGAAACAUAAACAUCAUUUAAAACUUUGUAUAGCAAUGAUCUCUAUAAAUGAGACUUUUGUAAGAGACCCUAAGUUAAAAUUUUCUAAUAACCUUCUAAAAUCAAUCUUGGCUUAGAGAUUCUUAUAUUUUUAGCUAAUAUUUCAGUUGUUCUUUAAAAGCAGCAUGAAUUAUUUCAGAUUUUUACUUUUAUUUCCUUUUAAUAAAUUGCCUUCAAAGAAAUUUAGUCUUCUUUCUAUUUUAAUUUAUGUUGCAAAGUUACCAUACCUUUCCCGCUUAGUUUCCAGAGGGAAAGUGGCUAAAUUUAAAAUAAGGCAUUGUUAAUUGAAGGCCACAAAUACAAAUGAUUAAAUAUAACCAAUAUGUGGGAAGGCUAUUUGUGGAAGCAGAGGAUAUGCAGUUUAUAGUGGAAAACACAGUCUUCCAUAGCCGUUGUGGUGCGGCACUUCUCUUAUGAAGGGAUAAUCCUCCAGUGUUAUUUGGUUUUGCUUUUCUUCAGAAACAAUAUCAAGCAUGUAAAAUCCACAUAGGCAGCAAAGCUUAAAUUUUAGAAAAUCCAAAUUUAAUUAUUUUUACCAGUUAAUGGAUUACUUUAAUAAAUUUGUUUCCCCUAAAAUUUGAGCCUGAUUCCACAUCUUACCCCAAAUUUGAGUUAGUCUUGGUUCUCUUGAGGAAAGAAACUAACUGUAAAUAUUUUUACUUCCAAUUCCACAAAGAUUAUUCAGCAUUUAAUAUGUACUAGGCACUAGUCUAGACUCUUAAGGGUAUAAAUAUUGCUGGCCAUGACUCUUGCCACUCAAGGAGCUCAGAGUCUCCUAGAAAGAAGUCUUCUGUUUAUUGCAAAGGUUCUCUUUGUUCCUAAUCAUAGGAUGAUCAUUGAAAUAAGUGGGGUAGGGAGGAACGUUAAGGACUUAUGAACUCAUUCAGGACCAAUGAGUACCUCUUACUUCACUGGCACCCGGCUUUAUUAGAUGGUACCCCACUGCUAUCUAAGAGUUAAUGCAUCUUCUGAAAGUAUCCCCCUUCCUUCCACACUGUUAUGAGACUUUUUACUCUAGAUACAUGUUCCAAAUGAAUAGGUUACUUGUCAUUUCAAACUCUUUAAUGGUAGUAAUUCAGCAGUUAUGAAGAAGAGCUUUGGAUUUAUCAUGAUGGUGGGAAAUUUGUAUUCUCCCAGAAAUGUGGAAAAUUAAUUCUAUAAUAUGGCCAGAUGAAGAUCCACAAUCACACUGUCUACAAAAUGGGGGAUAAUACUCGUACCAUCUUACUGGGUUACGGUUAGAAUUAAGUGAACUAAUCCGUAUAGGACUAUUAAUAUAGCACCUGGCAUAUAGUUAGGACUCAGUAAAUACAGGUGGUCUUCCUUUUGCACAGUUCCAAUAUAUACAAAUUUCUGUUAACAUAGUUUAGUUAAAUAAUACCAAUCCCCUGAAAACAAGGUUUAAAUUACAGUUACUGCAAUAUAUUAACUGUGAAUGAUUGCAUUAAGUACAAAUCUCUAUGUAAAUAACAGAUGCACAUCAUGAUCAGUGGCCAAUCAUAUCACUUCUUUCAAAAUCUGUUACUGACCGAUCACGUCAUAUCUGGUAUUCAGUUCAUGCACAGAUAGUACUCUCUUCCAUUUUACAAAAAUGGAUGAUCAAAAGAGAAACUUGGCCAACAAAGAUGAAAGUGCAGCAAAGACAUGAAAUGCUGGAAGUGAAAUUGGAAACUCUUUGUGACGAAAAAGAUGAAGAUGUCCCAGAGGAAGUGAUGCUAACAGAAAAACCCUUCACAUCAAAUGAACUCUCAGAGAUAUUUCACGACACUGGGAGUGCGAAGGAUAAAAUGUUGGAAGCUGAUCCAAACUUAAGAAAAUGACAAUUUGCCAAGGCAUAGAAAAGAUUUGCUUGUACCAUAUCGUAAGUUAUAUGAUGCGAAGGCAAGCACCAUUCAAACUACCCUUAAUAAGUUUUUUACAAAGAAAUAAAGCAUUUUAAUUCUCAGUGUUUCUGUUUUAAAUUACAAUGUACUAAAUAAAGUUAGUUUUACUAUUUUUUCAUUCCCCCAAUCAUUUUUAGCUGACAGUACGAGGAUUUUUAACAUUUUGACAAAAAAACACUUAAGGUCACAGAACAGUCAUAGUUUUUCCCAUUGAUUAUUGUGGAAUUAUUCCAUGGUUUCUGCUUGUAUGGUCAUUUUUAUAGUCCCACACUACCAUACAAAGCAAGGACUUCCUAUAGUUAUCAGUAUUAGAAAUUAUUUGUUCAACAAGUCAAGUACUAUAGUUUUAGAGAAAUCACUCCUUGCCUUUCAAUAUUUGAGAAUUUACAACUUUCUGUAAUUUCUCUCCUGCUUCUGUCUUUGUAUUUCUAGAUUAUCUAAGUCCUGAUUCUAGUCAUGUCUUGUCAUAGGGUUCCUCUCAGAGAUUCCCACUGUAUCUUCUACAGAAGUACAGUAUUUAAACACCUAAAUUUUCCUAUUCUUUAGUAUUCUACCUUAUUUCUUUAUUCUCCUGAAUCUGCUUAAAUUGCAGUGACGCUUUCCCCUUCAUUCUUCCUGCUAAUGUCCUAUUCGUCCAUCCUCCCCUUCAACCCCUGAAAGCCUAUCAGUUCUUUAAUACAUUGUCUUCCUUUCAAAAUGACACCUGCCCUAGAACAUAUCCUUCUGAGAAACUUCUUUAAAUUCAUUAGUUUCUUCCUUACAUUUCAUCUACAUUUCUGUCAAUCAUAAAGGAUAAUGUCUUUCUUGAAUUUAAAUUAUUACAAUAAAUUCUAUGUAAGCAAAAUGUAAAAUUCUAGCUGGAAGCCCAAGUUAACACUUGCCAAUGAUGUCAUGAUUGGCAACAAAAUAAAAAUUAAAAAUAAAUUCUGUCCAUUUUCACUAUGAACCCUUUUGUACUUCUUGAACCAUGUGACUGUAUAGUUGAAUAUUCAAAAAAGUAAUGAGUGAAAUUUACAUUAAAUAAAUAAUGAUAAUUGAAAUCACGCUUUCCAUUUUCCACUCACAGCUAGUUUGAUAUAAUUGCUUACUAGAGUUCAGAGGCUUUCAGAAGAUGAAACCUUUAUCUGCCUGAUGUUAUCCACACACACAUAGAGUGAAAAGCAGGCUUCUGGGAGCUGCAGUGGACUCUAGACCAAUAAAUGUGGAUUUGGGCAUGAGUCCUUUGCUCAGAAGAGAGCCUUGAUAGCCUGGUUGGUUCUCUUUAAGACCUUUGGAAUCAUAGUGAGGUGACUUUGGAAGAGGAUUCAGUUUUAUCAGCUGACUUAACUGUCUCACUGUCUAAAGCCAAGAGCUUUGUCAGGUCUAAAAUGCUAACAGUUUUCAAUUUACACGUUCAGAUAAAGUUACUAUACUGGAACUUACAAUUUUAAGUCUGGUACUACGUCUUGAAUUUUCCAUGGUCAUUACUGCAUUUCAUAUUACCUAAUACAAGUGUUCAUUUUUCCAAAAAAGGUGUGUCUCUCUUUGGCUUGUUUCAGUUUAUAGAUUCUUAAAGAGAUUCCAGGGAAAUUCACAGAGGCCCCAAACUUAUAAUGGUAAUGGCACUGAUAUCAAUCAAUUUGGAAUCUCUUUAACAAAAAAUAAUUCUCACAGCACCUAAAAGAGUUCUCUCCUGUAAACACAUUCUAUUCUACUUCUCAUUUGCUUCUCUGAGCCCAUGUCACAUCCUGAAUUUCUGGUUUCACUGGUCGUAAGCUGUCGUUUCUGUUAGGUGUAUUUUACUAUACAAUAUAAUGGAAAUAUUUUUGUUAAACAAGUUGUGUGUUCCCUGCUCUAAAGUGUAAGCUGAGUACAAAUUUGAAUGUAGAAGACAGUGAGUGCACCAUGACUAGAGUAAUCAAUGCAAGAACAUCUUUAAAGCUUUUCUUCUGUAACAAGGGCAAACUCAGCUAAAAAGUUUGUUUAAAUCCUGCUCGGCAUAACAAGAACCUUUAAACUUUAUCUGUCUGUGACUAUCUAUGAAUACACCUGACUCAUCACCUGGUGCCUUUCAACUCAGCACUCCUCACCUCAGCUGCUCUUCCUGCCUCAUCCAGAUAUUUAAAAUUCUUUGAGGACUUCUUGUGAAGGCUGUAGGGUUUUUAUGCUUAAUAUUACUUUAUAGGACAGAAACUUCGUAGUUCAUGAAUAUCACAGAUCUAUAAAAUGAAAUGGAAGGAUUUUCCCUAUAUACUGUAAAUCUCUUUGUAAUCUCUGUGUGGUUGUGUCAUAUCAGAAGCUUUUAUUUCUAAGCAGCAAUUAUAUCAGAGCAGUGUCAUUUUUAAGUCCUUCAUAAUCUGAAACGAGGAAAUUCUAUGUUGGCAGCUCUACUACAUUCCAGUUUUUCUCUACAUAUUUUAUAGGAGUAAAAACAUCUCGUGUUGCUGUUAUUCACAAAUGGCUGUCCUUUUGCCCAUGCUCUUGUCCUCUGUUAUCCCCUGUGCAGAACAGUGCUAUUGCUAUCUAUUUUGUAAUAUCUCAUAGAGCAAUAAAUGAUUCUAUUUAGUGAUGACAUUGAUUUGAUUAACUCCUUGUCCAUGUUAUUACAACUUUAAUGUUGUUCUUGUGUGUACAUUACCUUCAGGUAUCAGUUUGUCUAACUGCAUAACUUGUCUUUGAUGUUUCACUUUGUCUUACACAGUUUUCUACUUAAAAAUCUCCACAAUGGAUUAACAGUUUAAUCAUUUCAGUGUAUUCUGAGGUAGUUUUCAGUUAACUAAAUUGUCUUAAUGUGUGGUGUUAACGCUUUCACUGUGAGGUGGGCGGCGUCAUUCCAUACAUACUCAGCUGCCACAGUUUUGCUGGAUUCCUGACUUUGGUCCCUGACUAAUGUGGUUCUGAGGACCUACACUUGCUCUGCUGCUGACAGUGCCCUUAUGCCCUGAUGUCUGGCUGGUGCUAAGUUACUAGAACACCUGCAGAGUGGGGAAACUAUCAAAUUAGCAUCACGUAGUCUGCCUUCUCCUCUCUGUUUGACUUGUACCUCAUUCUUAGAUGUUCUGGUCUAGUCUGUUGAUUUAAUCACAUUCAAAAAGUGUGUUUUUUUGGAGACUCUGCUAGAGGAAUGAAACUUCUCAUAUAUUCUUGAACAAAGCCCUGACCUCCUUCUGGAGCGUGAGCAGCUUUGGGAGAGAUGCAUUUGGAGAAAUAAGGAAGCACGGACCACCUUCCUGGCCAGUGAGAUAAUUGAUCAACAUGAUGAUGUAAACCAAAGCCAGAUCUCCCUCACAUCCAGGUGUUUUUAUGCCCUUACUGUACUUGGAGCACUGUGGAUAGCUCAUGCAUUAGCACACUGUUUGGCCCAUAAGUACAAAAUAAAUGGUAUCUGUAAUGUCCAUUUGGGAGGUUCCAUAUGCCCCAGGUGGAGAGCUAAGACAUGAAACUCCAGCUGAUUGUUUAAGGCACCCAAUGUAUCUGAGUGGAAAGGCAGUAAGUUCAGAGCAGAGGGAGAUCACUGUGGUCCCGAGUGUUUAGGCAAAGCUUUCCCAAAAGAUGAAACUUGAACCAAGCCCUAUAAGGAUGUUUAUUAUUAACUUUGCCUCCACUGUUUCUUGCUUCUUCUCAUUAGUGGAUCUUGGCAGUUGCUUUUGCCAUCUUAGAAUGGGGCAUACUUAAGGAAAGCCUAAUACUAUAAAUCCUGAUACUUUGUGUAUUUCUGCUUAAAACUUAACUUCUCUUAAUUCCAAAGGGCCUAAUAAUAGAAAACUAGUAACUUCUCUUUGGGCAAAUGUGGCUGUCCUGCUCUCCUGACAGUUUCUCUUCUCCCAUAUUUAGAUUAUAAAUAUACAGGGCCUGGGACCAUGUGUUUCUUAUCCUUGCUUUGUAAUUCCCUAUGGAUAAGACUGGCCUGCUUCUUACAUUGUAAUCUAAUCACUUACUAAGAGGUCUCUGUAUUUGUUGAAGGUGAUGGAUUAGCCUUUCAAACACCCCAGCCCAGACGGUGCUGGUUGUCUUGGGCAUUCCCAUCACCUGCCUUCCUCUGAUCUCUAUUUCUGUUCCAACCAAAUAUGCUCCUGCUUUUUUUCCCUGAUCACUCCAUUCCCAUAGCACAUUACAUAUACUUUCAAGAAAAUGUCAAGACUUCCUUUAAAAAUAUGGGCUAUUUGUGACAGCACAUACGCAUAAACCAGGAGAUAGGCACAUUGGCGAAUGAGAUCUGAUCAAGUACAGACAGAACCUUAAUUGAGAGCACCCAAAUUAAUUUUGAAAACCAUCAAGUUAAUAUAGCCUUACUUUUUAGUUUAGUAAAUGUUUUUAGCUACUAUGUUUUAACUCAGUAAACAUAAUAAAGCUUUCCUCAAAUUCAGUUGAACUCACUCUUUUCCAAUUUACUGAAAACAUAUUUAUUCAACUAUUGUUUUUAGACAACUAAUGAACCUUUUCUCUGUGAUUCUCUUUUGCAACUGGGCUGGUUUCAAUAUGUGGGCCUUAACUGAUACAAUAGGUCCUUUAUUCCUCUUUGUGAUCCACCUUUCAUUCUGUUUCGCAGACGCUCCUUGGUUGCUUUGUAAUUUUGAAAAAGUAGCAUGUAGGCAUACCUGGCAAGAAUAGCUAUCAGCAAAAUGAUUCUUAAGUGAAAUUUUGUGUAUUGUAAAUUGUCUUUUCAUAGACUAUCAUCUUGAAACCUAACUCAAGGCAAAUAUGGCCACCUUUACCAUUAAUGCUGCAGAGAUUCAUUUAUUUGACAUUAAACAAAUAUUGACUUCCCACUGUGUGUCAGAUAAGUUCCAGGAGCUGAGAAUCUAGCAGUGAACCAGACAGACGAGGACCUUGCUCUUUACCAGCACACAUUCUAACUAGAGUUGUAGUGGAGAUGCAGACAACAAACAAAUGAUCAAUAACACAGCCUGUAGAGAUGACAGUUGACUUCCUGAUUCUUCUUUUUCUCUCUACCGUUGCUUCAAGGCCAUAUCUAAAACCUCAUUGCCUGUAAUGUUGAGAUGAAUUUACUCUCAUAAUGCUACUGCCCCCAUCUAGUAAGAGGUGUUUAAGGGCCUUGUUCUAGUGCAGGAGAGAAGGGAUGGAGAGGUGCCUGGGAGGGUCAAGUUUCUCAUUAUUAAACUGGAACUAAAUGUGCUUUGCUCUCAGAAUUGUAAAGGUAAGGAUUCAUUCACUCAUUCAGCAAACAUUUAUUGAGCAGCCUAUCAGUCAGGGUUCUAUUAUGUUCCAGGCUUUGUAACACCUACUGCAUGCUGUUAAGUACCUCACACUCUAGUUGGAAAGACAGAGACAUAAAAGAAAUAAUUACUGAUAAAUGUUAUCAUAAAAACAUACAUCAAGUACAAGGGGAGUAGCACAAAGCAGUAACUAACUCUGCCUGGGGGAAGGCUUCGCCAUAAGGUGACUUCUAAACUGUGUCUGAAAGAUGACUGGAAACACGGCAUGCUUCAUUUAUUCAGGAAAUGUUUACUGAGUGCCUUCUGUGAGCCAGGCACAGUUGUAGGCACUGCAGACACAGCAGUCAACUAGACACAGUCCCUGCUCUCUUGGCAGCAGAGAAACAGAUAAUAAACAUAUUAGACAAAUAAUUAUAUUAGGUGGUUAAUAAAAGGAACAGAGAGUGAUAGGGGGUGCUGUUUUAGAUAGAGUGAUCAAGGAAGGCCUCUCUAAUGAGAUAACAUUUGAGCAGAAUCCUGAAUGAUAUGAGAGAAUGAGACCAAGAAGCGCGAGGAAGCCAUUUCAGACAGAAGGAACAGCAUGAAUGAACAAAGGCCUAAUAGUCACGAAAAGCGUGGCAUCUUUAGUGCAAAGUGAGAUAUUCUCACUAAGCCUGGGGUAAGAUGGGGUGCAGGGAGUUGGGGAGAGUAUGGUAGAUGAGACUGGGAAAGAAGGAAGGAGGGGAGGGAGGGAGGGGCCAAAUGGUGAAAAGCCAUGUGUUCCAUACUCAGGAAUUUCAGCACUCACCUUGUUGAUUGGGGGAAGAGGAGUUAAAUUUUGAAAAAAUUUUAAGAGGAAAUGACAUGGUGAGAUUGUUGUUUGGUUUGGUUAGGUUUGGUUCAAUUUUUGGAAAUUACCUCUAGCAGCAGUAUGCAAGAUAUACUUGAAAGGAGAAGCAGAAGAAGUCAGUUACAAGGUUAUUAUUAUGUGGCCUGAAUUAAAACAGUCAAAUGAGGCUAGAGAGGAGAUGGUAGAGUUCAGAUGUUUUAGGAGACCCACUAUGUAAUAUUUGGUGCCCUACAGAGUAUGGGAAAGGUCAAGAACCAUUCCUAGGUUUGAGCUUGGGUGACCGAGUGAAUGAUGAUGCCAUUAACCAGCUCAAGGAGCCCUAGAGGAGUGGCAGGUUUAGAAGUACAGAUAAUGAAUUUGACUUGGGGCAGUAGGAAAUACAGAACUGGAAAUGAGAAGAGAAGUCAGAGCUGAAAUACAGAUUUGGCUGUUACCAGCAUUUCAUGGAAAUUUAAAAAGGAGGAGGAGCAAGAAGAGCAGCCAGCAUUGUAAGAUACUGCAGAGAAGUUUAAUAGGACGAGAAUUUUUAAAAGCCCAUCGGAUUUGACAGUUGGAAGGUCAGCGAUGACUUCAAGAUGACCAAUUUCAGUAGAUGUAGGUGGGGCAGAACUACAUCAACGUUGAGUUGGAGAGUGAAGGAGUAAGAGACUGGGAAUGUCCAACCAAGGUCACUGUCUUUCUGUUUUCCCAAAGCUCCUCCUUGAAAACUUUGAACCUGAAGUCAGAUCUUCUUCCCCCUCUCCCCUCCUUAGCUUUCUCCACCCAGGGCCUAGGACUCGAUGCCUGAGCUGGCGACAUGAUGGAGGGACAAAUAUUCUAAGAUCUUUGGGUCUCUGAUGGGAGAUGGGCCGGGGAUAGGGGAACCUGGUGUAGGUGAGUCAGGUAUUUAGAGAGCAUCUUCAAUGGGAAAUAGCCAGUCCAGAGACCUGUCUCCAGAGGGGGAGAAGGAUGGUACAUGUAGGUCUCUAUUGUGUGUGGAAACUCUAGACCUAGAAGCUAAGGUAGGAUGGAGAGCAAAGGACUUGAAAGAAAGAUGGAAUUAGUCAAGAAACUCAGUCAUAGGGAGAGAGUGGAAGCUGGCAAAGUGUGUGGGUGGGGGUAGAUCUGACAGUAAACUGAUAUUAACUAGAAAUUCAGGCAAGGAUGCUUAGGUUUCUUAGGGCACAGGGACUGAAGAGGUGCAAAGAAGGCAGUACUUGUGACCAUAAAGAUAGCAGUGAGGGGACAGUUGAUGAACUGAAGGGUAGUUCCCAGCAAUACCUGGCAUAUAGAUGUCGAACAGAUAUUUAUGAAGUGGAAAGGGAUGUUCAGAUUCUGUGGAGGAAAGGGAUUAGAUACCAGAGUUCCUGAAGAGCUGUAAGUAGAUGCCUAGGUUCCCUUCAGGGAAAGGAUGGAGGCAGUGACUCAGGGAUCCCAGACAACUUGGAGGUACAAAGCCCAAGAGGGAAACUUGCACCCCGGAGGGAGUUGGAAGCUAAGUUCAGAGUAGGGGACGCACUCCCUUAAGCCACGGGACGCAAGGAAUUGCCACUGAAUCUACCAGAUUUCUCCACCACCGCCUGUGCACACCCAUGGCCUCAAUUUCUCUCGCCUGCACCGCUAUCUCCGCCCACUGAGGGGCGGGGCUCGAGGGCAGGGCUGGUGGCUGUUGGAAGCCUCGAGAGCUGUCAGUUCCUACCAGACUCCCUGCUCCCGCUGGGGUGUGGUCUUACCCCAUGGCCAGUCACAGGCCCUCAAACUUCUCCCCACUGCCAGGCAGUGGCAGACGGGCUGACCCUCCCAUCUCAUUGAGCUCCCAGGCGGCCCCUGGUAGGCUGAUGGUCUGGCCAGGGGUCGGGCCAAGGGUCUGCCCGGGCCCUGGGGUGUGGAGGGUGCCCCUGGGUGCCCUGCUGUAUGAGUUCCUGGGCAGGAUGGCACCCUGCGGGCCCCAGCUCACAGCUGGCAGGGCGGGGGCCUGGUUCCCGGGCCCCUCCGAGGCCGCCUUCCCCGGGCCAUACAUCGUCCUUCGCUGCAUCCCAAGGUUGGCGCUUCCAGAAGACGUCUCUGCCAUUGAGAAAGAGAUGGCGCAGCUGGCCAAGGAGCUGAGGCAGAAGAGGAUGACCCUUGGGUACUCGCAGGCCGACGUUGGGUUCGCCGUGGGGCCUCUUUUUGGAAAGGUCCUUAGCCAGACGACCAUCUGCCGCUUCGAGGCCCAGCAUCUCAGCCUCGCCAACAUGUAGAAGCUGCUACCGCUGCUGAAAAUGUGGCUGGAGGAAGUGGACACCGAGAACCUUCUGGGCUUAUGCAACAUGGAGACAAUCCUGCAGCAGGCUCGGAAGCGGAGACGGGCAAGCAGGGAGACUCGCAUCGGAAACUCCCUGGAGAGAGUCUUCCUGCAAUGCCCAAGGCCCACACCGCAGCAAAUCAGCAGCAUCGCUGGGCAGCUCCGGCUGCAGAAGGACCUAGUCCGAGUUUGGUUCUAUAACCGGAGCAAGAUGGGCAGCCAGCCAACCAAUGAUUUCUCCCCACCAGAGGAGGUGGGGGCAGCUGGCUCUCCUUUCCCAGGGGGACCAGUGUGCUUUCCCCUCGCAUUGGGGCUCCAUUUUGGUUCCCUCCACUGUGGGGGCCCAUACUUUACACCCUUGUACUCCUCCACCCCGUCCCCUGCGGGGGUGCCCUCCUCUCUGCCCCGACCACCACUCUAGACCUCCCCCGGCUUUGAAACUGAGGGGCCUGUCCUUAUGGGGGUGGCCAUACUAGUCCCUGAGGUUGAUUACAGGGCUUUUAGCGUCAAGUUCUCCAUUCACUGUGGGAAGAAGUUAAGAGUACUAGGGGAUGAGGGUGGGAGUUAUUUGGGAAUAUUAUGGGGUCGAGGUUGAAAUUUAUUGCUGCUUUGUGUUUUUCCUCUUGUUUUUGCCUAGCAAUGGUUUUAAGGUACAUUACAAUACUUAGAUGGUUUCGGA